GUUUGAAUCUUUGCUAACAGCUGAUUCGUGUAUCGUUGUUGCCAGAAUACUUUGUGUAGCUGCAUUUCUUGGAAUCAAAAUAAAAUAUGUGCUAGGCUGUGAAUCAAAGGAUUUAAGACUACGCUCUUUUCCACUUGCGAAAGACAAAGAGAGAUUUCUGAAAUGGUUGAGAGCCUGUGGGAAUAUUGAGUUGCUGCAAUUAUCUGAAAGUCAAUUGAGGCAUAGAGUUGUUUGCGAUAGACAUUUUGAAGAGAAAGUAAAACUAGCAACCACACUAUCCAGAGUAGCAGUUCCUACCUUACAUUUACCCAAGCCCAUUGAUACUUCAAACUACAAAUUUACUGAAGCGCAAACAAUUGUCGCACAAAAGACCCCUGAAAAAAAUUCUACCGAUGGUGAAAUAGCCAAGAUACUAACAGAAUUAUCGGAAUCUGAUGUUGGAGGCAGCGAGGAUGAAAUUUCUGAAGAAGAGGAUAUUCUUGACGCAGAACACAGUAACGUUGAGCAGGAUGCCGAAUUUCUCUCGGAUAGUUCCGAUCCGGGUGACAGAGCAGCGUUCAACCAUUCAAUGAAGGCACCCGUAUAUGUUGGUAGAAAUAAAGUCACCAACUGGAAUAAGACACCGUGUACGAAUGAAUCUGCCACUAUUCCUUUCGAAAAGGAGAGUAUUACGAAAUCGGACAAAAAAUAUGAAAUCGCAGAUGAGUUAUCCGCUUUCCGGGAGAUCUUCGAUGACAAAAUGCUGGAAGAAAUUGUCGCUUGCACCAAUUUCUCGAUCAAGCACAAGCAUCAUGUAUGUCCCAGCCAGAGAAACGCGAAGGAGACGACGAGGUCUGAAAUGCUGGCGGUGAUCGGUCUAUUAUAUCUCGCUGGGAUGAAAAGAGCCAGACACGCAAGUCUAUUAGAGUUGUGGACAGAUGAUGGUACCGGACUGGAGAUAUGUCGUUCCACAAUGAGCUACAGGAGAUUUUUGUUUCUUUUGGACUGUAUACUACUCGACGACAGGAAUACUAGAGCCACGCGACUGAAGGUGGACAAGUUGGCGCCUGUAAGAAAUAUCUGGAACAUGUUUAUGGAGAACUGUAAGGACUCUUAUUUGCCCAGUGAGUCCCUCGUCGUUGGAGACAGACUGAAAAAUUUCAGAGGCAAGUGCAGCUUCGUCCAACAUGACUCCAACACACCGACAAAAUGCGGAUUGAAGAUUAUCAGUUUAGUGGACGUUAAGACAUCAUUCACAUGCAACAUGGAACUUUACUGCGACCAGCAGCCGGAAGGACCUUACAGAGUCAGCAAUGAUCCCGCGGCGAUUGUACUGCGACUGAUAGAACAUCUCAAAGGCUCCAACAACUACAAUCUAACUUGCGAUGAACAUUAUACCUCCUAUCUGCUCGCUAUCGCGCUUCUAGCCGAUAAGAUCACGUUUCUCGGUGCGAUGGGAAGAGAUCACAGAGAAAUUCCUUUAUGUUUCCUGCCAGGAAAGUUGCGACCAGUUGGCAGUACCCGUUUAGGCUUCAGAAACGAUGCCACCUUAGCCUCUCACGUACCCCAGAAAGGCAAAGCUAUCAUUGUGCUCUCGACAGCGCAUCACGAUGCGAAAUUCAAUCCAUGGACCAAGAAACCGAUGAUCAUAGAACAGUACGAAGCAGCAAAAAAUGCGAUAGACGUCAUGGAACGAACAUGCGCGUUAUAUUCCGUUUCUAAAAAGACCAAGAGAUGGCCAUUGACAAUAUUUUUCUUAUUGUUAGACGUGGCUGGCGUGAAUGCUCAGAUUCUUUACAACGCUUCUCAAACAAAGCUUCUGCAGAAGUAUAGAAGAGGCUUCUUGAAGACGCUCGCGCUCGCGUUAUUGAAACCACAUUUACAGGAAAGGGCGAAGAUAAAGACGUUGCCUUUGAAUAUUCAGACCAUCUUACAUCAUUGUGACGAGCAUUGCCAGCUGAUUGACUGUGAACAAGAAUUCCCGAAGAAACGAUCUCGCGAGAUAGAUAAAGAGGAAAAUUCGGCCAAAAAGAAGGAUCGAUGUUUUAUAUGCAGACAACGUAAAGCCAUGAUUACGACGCUAAAAUGCAAUAUCUGCUCGAGAUUCACAUGUAAGAGACACAUAGCAUGUAUAAGAUACAUCUGCAAGAAUUGUGAUUCCAGCGAAGCAGAUAAUCGAUAAUUCAUGAAUGUUCAAUAAGAAUAUGUAUGCUAAGAAUUUUACUAGCAACAAAAAUUUAAUUUGAUACAAAUAGAUAAAAAAAAUAAGAAAAAAAUUAAUGUUUAUAGAAACAUUCGGUAUAAGUUUAAUAAA